CUAAACUCAUCCAAAAAGCGUCAAGUUACUGGACUGAAGUGGCUGUUUGUGACAUUUGUGACUUUUUUGAAAUGAACACAAUGGAGAAAACAAACAUCUGGACCCCAUUGUGUCUGUAGGACUGCCUCACACCAGCAGCGAGUCCACAGACGACCAGAGAUCUGACUUGGAGCCGAACAUCAGAGACAUGGAACCUAAAGAUCCAAAUGAGUUCAUCUGUGGAGACAUUGGAGAGUCCAAACCUGCGGAGCCAGAGGUGCAGGCCAUCUGUGACUCUGUCCACAUUGGAGAGAACAAACAUCUGGACCUCGUUGUGUCUGAAGAGCUACCUCACACCAACAGUGGGCCAGUCCUCCACAGUGUUCAGGAGUCCACAGACGACCAGAGAUCUGACUUGGAGCAGAACAUCAGAGACAUGGAACCUAAAGAUCCAAAUGAGUUCAUCUGUGGAGACAUUGGAGAGUCCCAACCUGUGGACCCAGAGGUGCAGGCCAUCUGUGACUCUGUCCACAUUGAAGGGAACAAACAUCUGGACCUCGUUGUGUCUGUAGGGCUGCCUCACACCAGUAGUGGGCCAGUCCUCCACAGUGUUCAGGAGUCCACAGACCAUCAGAGAUCUGACUUGGAGCAGAACAUCAGAGACAUGGAACCUAAAGAUCCAAAUGAGUUCAUCUGUGGAGACAUUGGAGAGUCCCAACCUGCGGAGCCAGAGGUGCAGGCCAUCUGUGACUCUAAGUCUGUGAUGGCGUCCAGCAGGAAACAGAAAAUUGAUGAACUGUUGAGCAGACUCCACCUGCUGGAGAAAUAUGAGAAUAACCUGACCUCAGCAGAGUUUCUUCAGAUACGUCAAACUAAAGAACACGACCAAGACAUAUGUGAGAGUGAUCUGUCCUCUGUUUAUCUGCACAAACUGUUGAUGUUAGACUACAGAGCCAGACAUAUUCAGGCCAAACAGGAAACAAACACAUGUGAACAAAUUGAGACAGAUGAUUGUUUUGACAUGGCAGAGGCUGAUGAAAACAGGUCAGAACAGACCCACAUCCAUCCUAUGGAUGUCCAGAUGGCAGUGUUUCACUGCUCAGACACUUUUCUAAAACAGAAGAUAGUCACAAAGCUGUCCCAGUGUCAGUACGCCUUACCUCUGCUGGUGCCUGACCCAUUCACUGAAGACAUCCAGUGUCCUCUGUGGACAUUCAGACAGAUUCAAAAAACAUGGAAGAAAACUGAAACCAAAGACAAUUCAAAUGUUGUGACCAUGAAGUCAAUGCCCAUCUACAAAGCAGAGACCCCCAUGGUGUUCUGUUUCCGCCUGGGCUCCCUGUCCGUGUCCAAAUCUCAGUUCAUCAACACUUUGAUCAAUGACCGUCACAGCACAUUCUUCCACAGAAACUGCCCCGGCAGCUCCAAAAGUCGUGUUCUGUUUGAGGGAGUAGCAGAGAUCGCCUGGUACUGCCCGGCUGGAAAACAAAAUGACAGUUUCACAGACUGUGUGGCCUUCUGCAACCUUCACGGAGAUGGUCUGAGUCACGACAAACAGCUGGAUAUACUGAAAGAAAUGUCCUCAGUAAAUGUGGUUUUUGUGCAGAAAAUGGAUCGAGAUCAUGCAAGUGCUGCAGUGAUCAAGAGUCUUCAAAAUUCUUCAAAACCUCUAAUUGUUCUAAUAGAAAAUAGUAGCAAUAAGGCUGUUCAGUUAAAAAAUGGGGCAUAUAUAGUUGGUCUUAAAGACAGAAGCCAGUCAGAUGUGUCUGAGGAGCUGAAGAGAAUUAUCAGAGACAUUUUAUCUGCUCCACACAAGUCCUUUCAGCUUGAGUUUAUGUCUGAUACUGGAUUCAGAUUGGAUGAAAAUAAUACCAAUUGCACAAAUGGCUUGUCCUUUGCCAGUGAAAUGAUGAAGAUAAUUGAAACUGUAGAUGAAUCUGAAGUUAAAAAGACAUUUCUCCCCUGUCAAGGCCAACUGUGGCAUGACUGGUGCAAAAUAAACAAAGAGCUGUAUCGUCUCAAAGGAAAUAUAGAAGUAGAAAAGAGUAAAAAGCAGAGUGAGCUGAAGAGACUAAGAGAAGAUCAGUGCAAACUCUCCUGCAGUGAACUGAUACAGUCUUUCAUCAAGCCCCUCUCAUCUUCAACUCAAACAGAGAGAGAAUAUUUCAUCAAAUGGACUCAGAUCUUACUGGACGCUCAUGGCACAGAUUCUCUUUCUUCGAUUCUACAAAAAUAUGAUGAGAAGUGGUCUGAAAUUUUGGACAUGAAGACGAAACCUGACAAAUCUGAUGAGUUAAAAUCCAAAAAAGCAGAACUUGAAAAACUGUCAAACGACCUUCAGUUCAUGACCUGUGGCCUGGAGCAUAUCUUCAGAGAAAUGGUUCAAAUCUAUGAAGCACAUAAGAGUCUGAAUAAACCCCCUAAAGAGGAGCAGACUGACUGGUCCAAAUACCCAGAGCUGGCUGCAGAGCUCAUGAUUUCAGGACACCCAAUGGAGCUGAUGGAUGGAGAAGCAGGCUACGUCCCUUUAACCUGGAUCUCAAGUGUUAUUGAUCAGGUCAUCCACAGACUGGGCGAUAAGAAGGUCUUUGUCUUGUCAGUUCUGGGCAUACAGAGCAGUGGGAAGUCCACUAUGCUGAACGCCAUGUUCGGUCUCCAGUUUGCGGUCAGUGCAGGCAGAUGCACCAGAGGAGCCUUCAUGCAGCUGGUCAAACUGUCAGAUGAAAUGAAGAAAGUGGGGGACUACAUCCUGGUGGUGGACACUGAGGGGCUGCGAGCUCUGGAGUUAGAAGGAAAUACAACGUUUCACCACGACAAUGAGCUGGCAACAUUUGUGGUUGGUGUUGGGAACAUGACUCUGGUGAACAUCUUUGGAGAGAAUCCCUCAGAGAUGCAAGACAUUCUACAGAUUGUAGUUCAGGCUUUCAUGAGGAUGAAGAAAGUCAAACUGUCUCCAAGCUGUGUGUUUGUUCACCAGAAUGUCUCAGACGUCAGCGCUGUAGAGAAAACCAUGGAUGGAAAACGAAAACUGCAGGAGAAACUGGAUGUGAUGGCCCAACUAGCCGCCAAAGAGGAAGGACAUGACGCUGAAAGUUUCAGUGACAUCAUUAAGUUUGAUGUUCAAAAUGAUGUGAAAUACUUUGCUCAACUGUGGGAGGGAAGUCCUCCAAUGGCUCCUCCAAAUCCAGACUACAGUGAAUGUGUCCAAGAUCUGAGGAGCUACAUUCUCUUAAAAGCCUUGAAAUCUCCUUCUGUCAAACUCUCUGCAUUUAAAACUAAAGUUCAUGAUCUUUGGAACGCCCUUUUAAAUGAGAACUUUGUGUUCAGCUUCAGAAACACUCUUGAGAUCGCUGUUUACAGAAAACUGGAAGUUGAAUAUGGAAACUGGACUUGGGCCCUGAGGCAGGAAAUGUUGAACAUCGAAGAAAAACUUUAUCCAAGAAUUACAAAUGGAACUCUUGACCAUGUUGACCUCAGUCUUCUUCAUAAAGAAGUUAAAUCCACAUUUGAUCAAAUCAAGAAGUCCAUGUCAGAGUACUUUGAGAAUGAAAAGGACAAAGAAAUAUUAAUUCAGUGGCGUGGUCAACAUGAACUUAAAAUAAACACUUUUCAUGAUGAAAUGGUUCAAGGACUUCAGAGAAAACUGAAUAAUGUUAUUGAACAGAAGAAAGCAAGUAAAGAGUUUGAGGAGAGGAAGACCAUGUUUGAGAAGGACCUGCUACAAAAAAGCAAAGAUCUGGCUCAUAAACUCAGAGACAAAACACAAGACGAUUUGAAACUGAAAAAACAGUUUGACCAUGUUUGGAGAGAAUGGGUUUCUGAACUGACACAAGGAAUAAAACCUGCUGGGAAGAUUAACUUGCAAGACGACCUGAUGAAGGCCAUUCAAGAGUGUGGUUUUGAAAUGGAUUUAAUUUCAUCAAGAUUAAACUCAGAGCACUACAGAAAUUUAGCUAAAUGUGGAGAUUAUUCUGAGUAUGUUCAGAAGACUGACCCUAAAACUAACCCUAGCCCUAACCCUAGCCCCAGCUCUAGCUCUAGCCUUAGCCUUACCACUCUUUGGAAGAAGACGGUUGAUGUUGCAAAGACGAUAAGACAGACAUUUACUGGCCGUGUUUCACAUCAUUAUCAAGAUCUGACACAAAAUUACAUUAUAGAUGUAGAAAAAGAGGCCUCUGAGCUAAUUAAGACCAAACCUUUGGCAGCAAUGGGCUACAAUCCAUCUUACCUGAGUGAAAUGAGCAGAAAUGUGAAAACAUCUAUGAAAGAAUUUGAAUUACAGUGUAAAUUCUCUUUGAAGAAAGAGUUUAAAGUGGAUCUGAUUCUGUAUGUGUUUGACAGGAUAAAAAGGUGGAUCUUAGAAUCUCAUGAUCAGUUUAUCAAAAACAAUGAUGCACUCACAUAUUUGGACAGUAAGAAAAAUGAAUACUUUAAUGUUUUCCGGGGUUUCUGCAAAGGAAGCUCCUCAGCUGUUGUUCUCACUGAAUUAAUCUGUGACAAACUGAAAUCCUCCAUGACAGAGGCUGUGAUUAACCAGACAGCGAUCGAUAUCGCUGGAGAACUCAGAUGUAAUGUCCCUGCAUUCAAAGAGAACCGACUCAACCUGGAGAAACAUGUACUAAAGUCACUGGCCAAAAAGAAAGAUUUUCAAAGAUACAUUCACUACAUAAAGAAGCCUCGGUCAUACACUGAGACUUUUAUCACAGAACAAGUAGAGACGCUCUUAGGCACAGAGUACAAGGACAAAUGCCAGAGUUUCUUUGAGGCGUACAUCUCAAACCUACAAACACACAUACGCCAAGCUCUUCAAGACGUGUCAGAGAAAAUCAAAUCACAGAACAGAGACAUUGUCUACUGGCUUCAGGAGUUUACAACAAUCAUAAAAGACAAACUGACAUUUGGCACAAUUUCCUCUGAAAACUUCACUGAUGUAAAAGACUUUGAUUUUCUGAAAGAACAAAUAGAAAAAGGACUAGAUGGUAUUGGUGCUGACCUUAAAAAGCUGUCAGUGGACAAGUUAAAGAAGUCGAGACAGAGACCAGACCAGAUCCUGAUCGAUCAGCUGUGUGACUGCUGCUGGGAGAAAUGCCCAUUCUGUGCUGCAGUUUGCACUAACACAGUCAAAGAUCACAAAACUGCUAAAGAAGGUGGGAUUGAUCACAGUGUACCUUUUCAUCGAUCCGGUUCUCUCAAAGGCUGGCACUACAGACACACAGUGAAAAUGUCUGUGGAUUUCUGCACAACAAAAGUAGCAGGUGAUGGCUGUUUUUAUCCUGAUGCUUCAGACAGAACUGUGCCUCACAAAACAUACCGUUCUGCUGGUCCCCCUUAUGACACAUGGAGCAUCACCCCUGAUCUGUUUAAGUUGUCAUAUUGGCAGUGGGUCGUGUGCACAUUUAAAGAUGAUCUGGAAAAGCACUAUAAUUUAAAAUAUGAAGGUGAUGGAGAAAUUCCAAAGGAGUGGAAAGAAAUCACAUUUGAAGAGGCAAUAAGAAGCCUGGAGGAAAUGUACAAAUAGACACAAAAACAGUAAAAGAAAACAGAGCAUGUAACAAGUGAAUUAUACGUUUUAAUGAGAGAAACACCAGAGAGAAAUGGUUUAAACAAAUGUAAGAUACAGAGAAUGUAGAAGUGAAGGAAACAAUGAGAGAUCACCACCUGUUUUAUCUGUUUUGAUUUUUGUGUUUUGUUCCCAAAUGUUACCAGAUUCUACACUCACGUAAUCCUUUUGAUUAAAUGCAAGUAUUUAGUAUGAAGUAUGGAGUAUACAAUACAAUUUAAACAGCAUUUUAAGAGUAUAAUCUGAUUUUUUUUUUUUUCAUUUAAACUAUAAGGGAUUUUUAUUCAAACUGCAUGUCCAUCUUUAUCAACAUAUAAUACAACACUGUAAAAGUGAUUAUAAAUGACUAUAGAAAAAAUAAUGUUAUAAAAUGUUAUGUGAUUACAAAUUUGUCAAAUCACAAUGAUAAGAUCUGAUUUCAUGUAACUAUCACCAUAUCAAUUCAAUGAUGUUAAUAAAAUGACAGAAAAUG